AUGUUCCGAUCGGAGGCGCACUUCCGCAUGCUGGCCAACCUGCGCUUUCUGGAAAUACAAAAAUUGCUCCUGAAAAGGUUUCAAAUUUUCAAGAAUGAAGAAAUAACUGUGCUCAAGAAGGGCCCUAUGAAGACCAUUCUCUACGAAUGGGCUGAAUUCUUAACCAAGGAGCAGAAAGAGACCAACAUCACACACAUCCCAGAUGCAGUGUUGCAGAGUAAAAAGGUAGCCGACAUUUUGAGGGGCGACAUUGAAUGCAGGUGGUUGGUUGGUCGGAUCAACGUGGGCAGCAGUGUUAGAGGUAUUAGCGGAGUUAACAACCUUAGCAGCGUUAACCGUGCUGACCUUAACCGCGAUGGCGCCGCGCUGAGCAAAAUCGACCAAAUCCACUUCGACGAGUACCCAAAGCUGUUCCAUUACGAGUACCCGCAAUUCCCGUACAACUACUAUGACAAGAAAAAAAUGAGCAACUUUUACUCUCUAAUAAAGUUCCCCUACCAUGAUAUCUUAAACAUUUCGAAGAAGAUCAAGAGGGACCUCAUCCCCCCGGGUGAUACUGUCGAGGAAGGGAAGACGAUGCAGGGGGAGGGUGGCAAGGCGAUGCAGACGGAGGAGCCGCGCGGGGACGCGUUGGAAUCCACGGGCGUAGACGUAGUUGAUGACGACUUCGUCAGUUACUCCAGCAACAGUUAUGUGUAUGCCCCCUCGGAGAUGGAGACGUCCAAGGAGAACUACCACGAGUAG